AUGUCAUCUAUCAGCAGCUUGUCUUCUUCCUGCAGCAGUCUGAACAGUCCGAGCUGUGAUGUUCUGAGGUCUGAUCUUCACUUCCCAAAACUUAGCUACACCAGGUCUAUGAUCCUCUCCAAUUCACACAGACCCAGGAAAAACCACAGGAGGAAUCUCUCAGAACAUCAUAUACCUGUAGCUGAAAGUUACGAUAAUAAUGCAAACAUAAAUGCUGACCUGAAUAAGCUGCCUCUGGUCACAGUCUUGGAUGUGCCUCAUGAGGUGGAAAAGGCAGGACAGUUAAACAAGACAAAAAUAGCAGAAGGUGGAAGAAAACUAAAGAAAAAUUGGACUACGUCUUUAGUAGUUUUGACUGGAAACACUCUAGUGUUCUACAAAGACCCUAAGGUUCAGGCUCCUUCUGGCUGGAAACCAUCUAAUAGUAAACCUGAGAGCAGCAUGGACCUCAGGGGUGCCUUCAUUGACUGGGCCCAGGAUAUGUCCAGCAAAAAGAAUGUAAUUCAUCUUCGCAUGGUAACAGGCAACGAGUUCCUGCUGCAGUCUGACAAGGAGUCUGUUGUACAGGAGUGGUACGAUGCCCUACAGAGAGUCACCGAGAGACUGGAACGAGAAAAUCCAUUGGAAGAAAUUAUUUUGAGAAGAGUGGGCAGUAUGGAGGUCCUGGAUGGAAGUGGCGGAGAAGAGGAGAGCCCCUUAAAGAAUAAAGAUAGUCGGAAAUUCACAUUAUCCUGGGUGAGCAGCAAUGUUGGAAGUGUCGAUAAAAAGAAAGUGAAGCAUAGACUAAAGAAGAUGUUGAUGAAGAGGCCUCCACUACAGACCUUACAAGAGAAAGGACUAAUUAAAGAUCAAGUCUUUGGCUGUCGCUUAGAUGCUCUUUGCCAUCGAGAACAUAGCACUGUCCCAAAGUUUGUGCAGCUGUGUAUAGAAACUGUAAAUGAAAGAGGGCUGGAUGUAGAUGGAAUUUACAGAGUGAGUGGAAACUUAUCCAUCAUACAGAAACUAAGGUUUAUAGUAGAUAGAGAGAGGGCAGUAACUACAGAUGGACGGUACCUUUUUCCGGAGCAGCUCUCCCAAGAGGAGAAGUUGGAUCUUAAUGACAGUGAGUGGGACGAUAUUCAUGUCAUCACAGGUGCUCUAAAAAUGUUCUUCCGUGAACUUCCAGAGCCACUUAUCCCUUUCAGUAUGUUCGAUGAAUUUCUUUCAGCUGUUCAAAUUCCUGAUUUGUCUGAGAGGAUACAGACUAUGAAAAAUCUUGUUGGAAACCUUCCUGAACCAAACUACGACACCCUUAAAUAUAUCAUAUGCCAUCUGAACAGUGUAAAGGAUGAAUGUGAGAAGAACCGCAUGACUACUCAGAAUAUCGGCAUAGUCUUUGGACCAACGCUGAUGAGGCCAGAGAAAGAACAGUUUGCAAACAUUGCUGCCAACAUGGUUUACCAGAAUCAAGUGGUGGAACAUUUUCUUUCUUACUAUGAAGAACUCUUUCCAACUGAUCCGGAAGAAUAG